AUGGGUUUCGCCGAAGACAAAGUGUACGACUACAUUCUGAAAAACCUCAAGAACUUCAAGAACAUCCGUGUGGCGUCGCUGGCCGAUUCCCUCAGCUGCCUGACCGAUGCCGACAGAGAUGAGCUCCACACCCGGGAGGAGAUGCGGGGGAGCCAGGCGACUGUCUAUAAGUUCUACCAGUACCUGAAGUGCCGGCAGGGCUGGGUGCCGGAUCUCAUCGAGGCGCUGCGCCAGAACAACGCCGGGCACCUGGCCGACGAGCUGCAGCACGUGUAUGACUCCUGGCAAGCCCGUGCCCCAGCUCCCACCACUGCCUCCUUGCCUCUCGUAGCCAGCGAUGCCCGUCCUGCUGUCUCCUCCAUCAGUGUCCAGACACCAUCCCUGGAGCCAAAUCCUGCUCCGGGCGCUCCGUUAGCUGAGAAGCCGUGCCGAGACCUGCCUGUCAGCAGCCAGCCACCUCUUCUGCCCGGUGCUGCCACUGCCGUGAGCAUGGACCUGGAUGCCAGGGCCCCAGUGCAGGAGUCGCUUCCCAAAGCCCUGGAUCAAGAGAGUCCCCGGCCGCCUCCACUUGGGAGCGUGGUCUGUGAUGGAGUGAGCGAUGGGCACGGUGAAGAGAGGCAUCUCUCACACCCCAUUGAGGCCGCACAGGCAGCAACGGAGACCUCCAGAACAGCCAGCGCGGCCAUGCCAUCAGCUGCUCCCCCUGAGGGGGCCCGGGACUGGCUGAGCCACCAGCAGCACCCGGUGUGUGUGCGUAACGGGUGUUUUGGCAACGCCAACCACCUGCACCGCGGCGUGCCGGGAUUGGGGCUGAGCAGGUCUCUUCCGCUGAGGGACGCGUGCUCUGCUCGCAGCCCCGAGCAGCCCAGGAAUGAGCCUGAAGAAAACUUCUACGUCUCCACCGAGUCACCCCUGGUGCGGGAGAAUACUGCUUGUAGUGGAGGGCCGCAGCCCACACGCUCACUGCCAAAAAGUCAGGCUGUGCCUGGCCCUGAGUACGGCGAGACCCUGGGCAGCUUCCUGGAUGUGCGCAGCCCCCUCCUCAUACAGGAGCAGUUCGAUGCAGAGCAGAAGCUGGGCAGGAUGCACAGAGGAGUUGGAGACACUUGGAUGGAAUCAGCUACCCUGGUCGCUACCCCUGCACCCGGAGAUGCUUCCCCAUCCUGCAACACCUCUGCAAAGCCUCCUGUACAAGAGGAAAAGCUGUCCAUGGGGGAGGCGACUGGCAGCACCCCCUCCGUGCCGACAAAGGAGAAGGUGCUCCCGGCCUUGGCAGACCCUUUCCUGGGCACAGCUGUUGUAGGAAGCUUUGAAGGUGUGACUGGGAGGACGCCCUCCCGGGUGAGCUCUGCCACAAGCAUCUGGGCGCCUUGCAGCAACAUGGAGAGGGAUGUGGAGCUCAGCAAGCCAGGCGUCCUCUCCUCCGUGGCUGGAGAGAGCCCAGAGGCAGCCGGCAGAUGCCUGAGCACUCGGGAGCCCAGUGGCCCCUAUUCUGGAGGCUGCAGCCUCACCUUUAACAGUGACCCGCUUCUGGUGAGCACGGAUAGCUCGAGCUCAGGAGGAAUGCCCUCCAGAGUCCCUUUGGUAUGCCCAGCCCCAGUGGCUCCUGAAGAUCCUUCGGAAGAGGAGGCAGCUGGAGCAAGCAGAGACUCCCUUUCGCCUCUGAGCUGGGACAGCACCUCCCUGGGCACCCACGAGGUCCGUGUGGACCAUAACCCCAGCACCCAGCUCGGGGCAGGCAAUGACCUCCAAGAUGGAGCCAUUUCCCUUGGAAACAGUCCAGUUUUUGACUCGAGCAGGGGCCCUGGCACCGCUACCAGCUCGUCUCAGGCCAGAGCCCCCCCAGGGGAUGACGGACCGCCUCUGCAGUACAUCAUUCCAGCUGUGGGCAUCGCUGUGAUCUCAGCUGUGGCGUUCCUGGUGUACACUCGAUUGCAGAAAUAG